AUGGAGAGCUUCCUGGAGUCACUGAACAGGCUGAAGGACGUUCAUGACAAGGAGGUUCUGGGCCUGCAGAACAAGCUUCUGGAGCUGAACUCAGAGCGGUGCCGGGAUGCACAGAGAGUGGAGGAGCUCUUCACCAAGAACCACCAGCUAAGGGAGCAGCAGAAAGUGCUGAAGGAGAACUUGCGGGUGCUGGAGAACAGGCUACGAGCUGGACUAUGUGACCGCUGCACAGUCACCCAGGAGCUGGCCAAGAAGAAGCAGCUAGAACUUGAGAGCGUGCACCUGCAGAGCCUACAGCAUCUCUGCAUCCUUACCAACGAGAUGAACGGGCUGAAAGAGGAGAACAAGGUGUUGAAGGAGGAGGUGAAGCGGCUUCGGGGCCUGGAAGACAGACCUGUGCCCCUGGCUGGGGAGAGUACCUCAGACCCCUCAUCGCCUCUGCUGCUUCCCUCCCCCAGCAGCUGGAAGGCCGUCACUGAAAAGCCACCAGGAGUCCAUGAGGAGGCCGAGGAGGAUCAUCCAGGCACAGAAGCAGUCCCGACGGGCUUCAGGACAUCUCCAGUGGCCAAAAUCUCCCCGGGUGCCAACCUGCCCGAGCUGCGGGCCUCGGACAUGAGUCCCCAGAGAAUCUCCAACCAAUUGCAUGCAACUGUCGCCGUGGUCCGGCCUGGGUCCCGGACUUGCCCAGUGGACUGUGGCUCCACCAAUGGAACACCUCCACCACUGUCCACCAGAAGCAGCCCGCCCACCCCAACGUAUGAGCACAGCCUCCCCCUGGACAGCUUCCUGCGGGCCUCCCGGCCCUCUGCCGUGGCCUAUGAGUCCCUAAAGCGCUCCCUUCAGGCCGACCGCCUCUGCCUCCUGAACCGCCACCUGUCCCUGUGCCUCCGGAGUCCCCAUGGCAGCUCCCUGGCUCCUGCCAUACACCCCUGCAGCCCUCAGCCACAGGGCAUGAAGGCAGGAGAGGCAGAGGCCUGGGAGGAGUCCACAGGUCUACUGGGCCUGCCCAGCACCCUGGCGGGCAUGCAGGACCCAAGGCUGGAAGGGGCACUGCACCUGCUCCUGGCCCAGCAGCACCUGCGGGCACGGGCACCAGCAGGCAGUGCCAGGCUGAGGGGCCCAUCUAUGCCGGGGGAGAUGCCACCCUCCCCACCAGUCGACUUGGACUCUGAGAGCCCUGAUAGUGAGGUGUCCAGAGCAAUUCUGACCACAGCAGCCCCACCUGGCAGGCGGCACCCUCGGCUCACAGGUCCAGGCAGCCCCCAGAGAAAGGAGGACACAGCCACCCAAGACUAUGCCCCAGACAAACCCCUGGACCUCUCAGAUUGGGCCCGGGCCCGGGAUGCCCCCAAAUCUACUGGGCAACUUGGGCCACUCAGCCCUGAAGUUGCCCACACUCCCAGCCUGGAGCCACUCCAAGGACCAGAGCCACCUGCCCUAUCCAGACCCUUGACUCAAAGCCCACAGGCACUCAGCAAUGGUACCAAAGAAGCCAGAGAACCAGAGCCUGAAGAACCCUCCCUUCCUGUGGAAGUGAAGCCAGAGGAAAGUCAAGGCCAGUGCCUCACCCACAGAGGCUUGGUGCUGACGGACUCCCAGGUAAACCAGACAGCCGCCAGCCAGCUGACAUCAUCCCUGUGUCUUUCAGAGCCCAGCAAGGCUGGAGCACAGAGGCCAGAAUCCAGUGAAAUGGAUGAGCCAGACACCUCAGACAGCGAGGUGGGCCCAAGCUCUGAGGCAAGUGCCAAUCUGAGCAUGCCAGGGGAGGGGCAUCGGCAGACUCUGCAGCAGAAGAGGAAACAGGCCUCGGACCCAGAGGGCAAAGCCUCCAAGAAGCCAUCCCAAGGGAAGAGGAAGCCCAGGGAGCCUGUGACAGCAGCUGAGGAGCCCAGAAGCCUACAGGGUGCCCAGGACCGCAGCCCCUCCCCUGGCAACACCGGCCGGGAGAGCUAG